CAUAAAUCUGAGAUAUAAUUAAUUAUAAGGACCAAGAUGCAAAUAAAAAGAUGAAACUUCAACUUUUAGAGUUUUGAGUAGUGAAACUUCAAAUAUGAAAUUUCACUUUUAAAAACUCUAAAUUUGAAGUUUUGAAAUUCUUUAUUAGAGAACAAAAAACUAUAUAUUUGAAGUUAUAAAGUUUCUUUUGGAGAUAGCUUUGACUUAUAAGUUCAAUGCUUUUCAAGCAUCGAUCAUUUGAUUUCUUAAUUUGUUUUUUUCUAUUUAUUUUUUUCUUCAAGUCAAAGAAAAUAUAAAAUGGGCUUGCCGCAUGCGUACGGAACAGACAACUUAACGACCUUUCUCCACAAUUCUCUCUGAAUCCUCGUGUUCGUGUUGUGAAGUUUCAAAAAGCUUUAGUUAUAAAGUCUUACCAAAAAGCAAAAAGGUCUCAUUUAUUCUAAUUGUUAGAACGUUUUAAGCUAUGUUCUACAAUGCUUAUCAUGAAAAUAAAUAUUUACGUGACGGCAUUUACAAGGAGUGAAUAUUAGGAUGUACCAUAUAUUCUAAUUUGUAAACCUAAAUUCAUAAUUGUAAAAGGGGAGAAGAGAAAACUAAAAGAAAAAGAAAAAAGAAAAAGAAAACAAGAAGAAUGAUAUGUUCUUUUUUUUUUUGAAACACUUUUUUUUUUUUUGAAACACUGAAGAAUGAUAUGUUCACAAUGCGAAGAUAUGUAGUUAUGUAUCACGUGGCCAACUUUCUGUGUUAAAAACACAGUAAACAAGUUUAUGUAACAACGUAUUUGAACAGAACAUGAUAGGACCUUCUUUAAAAAAAAACAUGAUAGGACCGAAGAUCACUUUUAAGCAACUAUAUUCUCAUCUCAUCAGUGAGCAGCUCCGUCCAAUAAUUAGUUUUUUUUUUCUAUUUCGUUUUUUAAUACAAACUCUAAAAUUUAUUUAUUUUGGGUAAAAUAACUCUAAAAUUUAUGAUUGCAGGUAUUUCAUAAAAUCAUAUUUUCCAUAUUUCAUGCCACCAAAUUCGAAUAUUUAUAGUCUUAUAAUUAAUCAGAAAAUAUGUCAAACCAAGCCAAUUUGGAAUCAACAAUAAUUGCAAGCUAUUAGAUAAUAUCAUAAUAUAUAUUGAUAUUUUAGUGAUAAUAUCAAAGAUAUUUCCAAACUGAUAUCAGGUUUGAUAAGUUUGUUACUAGUAUUAAGCUAACGUUAGCUAAUUGAGUUGUCUAUAUAUAUCUUGCAAUUGUCACAUCCCAAUACCCUUAAUUAAUGACUAUUAUUAUUUAUUUAUUUUCUUAAUACUUUAAAAUUUUCACGUAAGCCCUAAUUGGGUUUACUACUUUGGACUUUAUCCAGCCAAUAUGAAACCUACCUACUCAUAUCAUAUCACCCACAAAUUGACAAGCAUAAACACACAUUUCCAUCUACCGAUCUAGCCCUAAUGAAACACACUAUUAAAAAAAAACGAAGUGAACACAAUGUUGGAUUUGUGCAAAACUGUUGCUUGAAGAGAUUUGAAGUAAAACAAUGACAACCAUCACUGCCAAACGGAAACGAAAGAACUUCGCUUCUCUCAUGUUUUUUUGGCUUAGAUAAUGAUCUUUCACAGAUCCUUUAACUAGCUCCACUAUGUUUUUUCUUCUUUUUUGCCAUAGUGGUGCUCUUUGAUUAUUUUUUUUUUGUAAAUCUAACUCUUUCAUUAAUUUGAAUAUUAACAGUUUAGCAAAAAAACAAUGACAAAAAUGUUAAUCUUCCUGAUUCUUUCUUUCCCUAUUAAAGCUGAUUCUAAUAUCUUUGGCUUUGUCUUAAAUUCACUGUGUAUAGUAGCUACUAGCUUCUAGGUCUAAAUAGUUAUCAUUUGAACACAAAAAUAGCAGAUGCAGUGGUUGAUAACAAGAUCUGAAAGCUGAUGUUUACAUUAUUUUGCAAUAAGAUUAAUCUUGAGUUUGACAAGUUGAACAUUUUAAAGGACAUGAAACAAAUAAUGAUAAUUAUUAAAAACAACAUGACAAGCAGAUCUAAAAAGAGAUUCUGAGCAUGAAUGAGAACAAACUGAAUAGUACUUAUUAUGUUAGUUUAUUUUUGCUACCCUGGUGUCAAAGAUUGUAUUAGAUACAGAUAUUUUGAUAGAUAUGAUACAAAAGGAAAAACAAUUAUGAAGCCAAUAAUGUAAAGCUGGAAACUCUUUUUUCCAUGUUUAAAACUAUGUGAGUAUCAAGUUUCAAGUUACAACACCAAUUUGUUAUUAUUAUUACUACUUUAUUAUCAAAUCUGUGGGAGAGGAAGAGCCCACAGGUAAUCUCCUAAAAUGAAGCUGUAAACUUGUCUAAUGUUCAAACUGGUGUUUUAAUGCCAUACGGUGCUCCUAUGAGACAAUAAAAUAGGAGAAAAGAGGAACCUUCAUUUUAUGAUCUCCUCAUUUUUUAUUACCUUUUAAAAAAAAAAUCUGCCCUUUCACACGUAUAAUGAAUCAUGUAUGGUUUCUAUAAACAUAUUUUAAGAUUUUUUAUAUAAUGUGUAAACCUUUUUUUAAUUCUACAACUACUUUUUGAGAAAAUUAUUUAUCAUUAUCUAAUCAGAGUUAUGUGUAGAGACUUGCAUUGCCUAUUUAAGCACUCAUCAUAAUGGUUGACGAAUAUGCGCCAGCACCUCUUUCUUCUUCUUCUCCUUCUCCAAUUCGUCUACACGUUUUCAGUUUCUGUCUAAAAGAAAUUAGAGGCAAAAAAUAGUUUCAUUUGUUGUUCCACCAAGACAAAUCAUAUAUACACACUCUUAAAUUGUCUUUUUGUGAUGUGGGCAUUGUUCAUUUGGGUUUCUCUGCUUGUCAUAACCGUCACACACUGGGUUUACAGCUGGAGGAACCCCAAAUGCAAAGGGAAGCUUCCACCUGGCUCGAUGGGUUUACCUCUACUCGGAGAGACUUUCCAGUUCUUCAAGCCAAACACUACUUCAGACAUCCCUCCUUUUAUCAAAGAGAGGGUUAAGAAGUAUGGUCCAAUUUUCAAGACCAAUCUAGUGGGGAGACCAGUUAUUGUAUCAGCAGAUCCUGAUUUGAGUUACUUUGUGUUUCAACAAGAGGGUCGGCGUUUCCAGAGUUGGUAUCCAGACACUUUUACAAACAUCUUUGGGAAAAAUAAUGUGGGUUCACUACAUGGGUUUAUGUACAAGUACCUUAAAAGCAUGGUCUUGACUCUCUUUGGCUACGAUGGUCUCAAGAAGAUGCUCCCUCAAGUAGAGCUGACUGCAAAUAAGAGAUUAGAGCUUUGGUCAAAUCAAGAAUCAGUAGAACUCAAAGAUGCAACCGCAAGUAUGAUAUUUGAUCUCACGGCGAAGAAGUUGAUAAGCCAUGAUCCAGACGAGUCAUCAGAGAAUCUAAGGGCUAACUUUGUUGCUUUCAUUCAAGGACUCAUCUCCUUCCCUUUUGACAUUCCAGGCACAGCUUAUCACAAAUGUCUUAAGGGUAGGGAAAAUGCAAUGAGAAUGUUGAGGAAUAUGCUUCAGGAGAGACGUAAGAAACCACGGAAGAACCCAAGUGACUUCUUUGAUUAUGUCAUUGAAGAGAUUCAGAAAGAGGGGACUAUUCUGACAGAAGAGAUUGCAUUGGAUCUAAUGUUCGUCUUGCUAUUUGCCAGCUUUGAAACAACUUCUCUCGCUUUAACUUUAGCCAUCAAGUUCCUUUCAGAUGACCCUAAAGUUCUAAGACGUUUAACGGAAGAACAUGAGACGAUUCUGAGAAACCGGGAAGAUGCAAACUCCGGACUUACAUGGGAAGAAUAUAAGUCAAUGACUUACACAUUUCAGUUCAUAAACGAAACAGCAAGACUAGCAAAUAUAGUUCCUGCCAUCUUCAGAAAGGCGUUGAUAGAUAUAAAAUAUAAAGAUUAUACGAUACCAGCCGGCUGGGCGGUGAUGGUCUGUCCACCAGCUGUACAUUUGAAUCCAAAAAAGUAUGAAGAUCCCUUAGUCUUCAACCCAUCGAGAUGGGAGGAAUCAAAUGCUAACGAUGCGUCAAAGCACUUCAUGGCGUUUGGUGGUGGGAUGAGGUUCUGUGUUGGAACUGACUUCACGAAAUUGCAGAUGGCUGUGUUUCUCCACAGCCUAGUAACAAAAUACAGAUGGGAGGAGAUUAAAGGAGGGAAUAUAGUUCGAACUCCAGGAUUACAGUUUCCAAACGGUUACCAUGUCAGACUCCAUAAGAAAAAUAUACUAGAGAAUGAAUGACAAGUAAAACGAAGC